AUGUUAUCGGAUCGAAAACAUGCUGAUUUAGGUCGCAUUUCAAUAUAUGAUAUUGAAACAGAUAAAAUUCAACUAUCAUCAGAAGAUCUUCAAUUAAAAGAACACACAGGUUAUGAUGACGAACAUCUCAAACGAUUGAAGUACCUCUUUCAACAAAUCACCGGCCCACAACGAACGACAUUGGAUACCGAGCAUUUUGAGUCAGCUGUCAGAUCGAUGUGUCGAUCAUUGACGGAAUCUCGUGAAGCACACCGUCUAGCAGAGAUACUUUUUCAAGCAUAUGAUAAAAAUACGAACGGUUCGAUUGAUUUCCCCGAAAUGAUCGAUUUUGUUUGGACGGUCGUUGACGCGCCACGUGAAGAGCAAAUCGUCGGUCUAUACCAAGCCUUUCAAAAUUCCCACGAAAAACUAUCCAAAGAACGACUAAUUGAAUUCAUCACAAUCCUCAAAGAAGAUUUUCAACCGAAUGCUUCUCUCGCACAGAAAAAGAUUCAAGGCCAAAUGAAAUCUCUCCAUACUGAUGAAGACAUUCAACAUCGAGUAGAUGAAUGUCUCUCCUAUUAUCAUCAUCCAUCGGAUGGUCUUAAUUUAACUCAAGUGAUCGAAUACUUCCUUGGACGAAACGAUCCAUUGAUCAACCAAAUCCGAACUCGUUCGAAUGCUCGCAAAGCACGCCACAAGAAAAAGAAUCGAAAAUAA